GGGAGUGCGUAGGAGGGAAUCCUAACCUUUCUACUUCUAAAUUCUUGGUUUUGUUUAUCGAAAGUCGAAACAAAGAAACAGAACAUAGUAGUGAAGAUUGACCUGGGAUUGACGACGAAGAGACUCUCUGCUUGAUCAUGAACUUGACUUCGUUUGCUUGAAUCUCUUACUAUCUACUCUUCCUCUGCAAAUCAGCUAAGUGAUUUGGCAGCAUAAACAUAAAUGCAGUGAAGAAAUUCAAUAGAACCAGAUGGAGAAGACAAUAAAAUUACAUGGAUUCCCUUCAGGUGAAUCUGCUGAAAAAAUUAAGGUAUUUUUGGAGAAACAUACAGGAGAAGGAAGUGUUUUUGCUCUUAAAUUACGGCCGGCCAAAGGGGGGAGAUUCUAUGCUUAUAUACAGUUUGAGUCCACCAGUCAGGCUGAGUUUAUCACCUCUUUGGCUAACGCUAGGGCUAGGCUGUGGUAUGGGAGAUCCUAUUUGAACUUUUAUGCAGCGGACCAUGAUAUUGUACCAAAGCCAAGAACUGUAAUGCAUAGCUUGCAAAAUUUAGAAUUGCAUGUUGGCUGCCAGGUCGCAAAUGAUAAGUUGUCUGUUUUUUGGAGAACGGCUGAAGUUUCAGUGGACUUUGGGACUGGAACGCGGAAAUUCCAAUUUCGGCUGUUAUAUCAUCAGAAGUUAUAUAGACUUCAGCUUUCGUAUGAGAACAUCUGGCAAAUUGAGUUGCAUCGUCCACGUGGUCGCACUGCAAAAUAUCUUGUCAUUCAGUUAUAUGGAGCUCCUCGCAUCUACCAACAAGAAGAAGCAUGUUCUUCUGGAAAUGUAUAUGAUGACCCUCUUAUGAACUACUUUAGGGAUGUCCCUGAUGACCAAUGGGUUCGGACCACUGAUUUCACUCCACGAAGCUGUAUUGGGGAGUCAUCUUCAUUAUGUUUAGAGCUUCCUUCUGGUCGCCAACUUCCUGAUUUUGAAGAAAAUUUUGCUCAUUAUAAGGAGAGUGAUGGGCAAUUUAUCUUGGAGAAUGGCUCAACUUUCUCUUGCAACCGAGAUCUGGUCCCUAUUGUUGGUUCUCCUGCAGGGGUUGAUUUGCCAUAUGAUAUCUUGUUUAAAAUAAACUCGCUGGUUCAAAUGGGUUGUCUGUCAGGGCCGACACUUGAUAAUAGGUUUUAUAGGCUGGUGGAUCCACGAAGAAUAACUCGUUCCUGUAUAGAGUAUGCCCUAGAUAAAUUAUCUAAUUUGAAAAAGAGCUGUUAUGAACCUGCGGUGUGGCUUAAUGAGGAGUACCGGAAGUACCUGACAACAAAGAAACCUCCAAAGCCGGCACUUGUCUCCUUAGAUUCUGGUUUGGUAUAUGUACGGAGGGUUCAAAUAACACCAUCUAAAGUGUAUUUUUCUGGUCCUGAGGUUAAUGUCUCAAAUCGCAUACUACGCCAGUAUUCCAGUGAUAUCGAUAACUUUCUUCGUGUUUCAUUUGUUGAUGAGGAGAUGGAAAAUCUCUAUUCAACAGAUUUGUCCCCCCGUACAUCUACUAGAAAAACUCGCAUCUACAACAGAGUUCUUUCUAUUCUCAGAAACGGCAUAGUAAUUGGAGAAAAGAAAUUUGAGUUUCUUGCAUUCUCAUCAAGUCAAUUGCAAGAGAAUUCAUUGUGGAUGUUUUCUUCAACCUCUAAUGUUAGUGCUGAUAAGAUAAGAGCAGGGAUGGGGGAUUUUCGCAAGAUAAGAAAUGUGGCAAAGUAUGCUGCCAGAUUGGGUCAAUCUUUUGGCUCUUCUACUGAAACUCUAAGUGUUGGCAGGAAUGAGAUUGAAGUUAUUCCUGAUGUAACAGUUAAUUGGGGUGGAGACAGAUAUAUGUUCUCUGAUGGGAUUGGGAAAAUAUCAGCUGAUUUUGCAAGGAGAGUAGCCUUCAAAUAUGGCUAUAAAGCGUUCACACCAUCUGCAUUUCAAAUUCGAUAUGGUGGUUACAAAGGUGUUGUCGCUGUUGAUCCAACCUCGUCAAUGAAAUUAUCACUGAGAAAGAGCAUGUCUAAGUAUGAUUCUGAAAACACAAAGCUAGAUGUUCUAGCAUGUAGCAAGUUUCAGCCUUGUUUUUUGAAUCGUCAGGUGAUAACUCUUCUGUCUACACUUGGAGUUCAAGAUCAUGUUUUCUUGAAAAAGCAAAGAGCAGCUGUACAACAACUUAAUGCCAUAUUGACUGACCCAUUAAAAGCAGGGGAGGCUCUUGAUUUGAUGUCUGCGGGUGAGAGUACAAACAUCCUCAAGGAACUGCUGAUGUGUGGUUAUAAACCUGAUGUUGAACCAUUCCUUUCAAUGAUGCUCCAAACAUUUCGGGCAUCAAAGUUGUUGGAAUUGAGGACCAAAACAAGAAUCUUUAUCCCAGAUGGAAGAGCAAUGAUGGGAUGUCUAGACGAAACAAGAACCUUGGAAUAUGGGCAGGUGUUUGUGCAAAUCUGUGGAAACAGACGAAGGCAGUUAUUUGAUGAUUCAUUCAUGCAUAGUGGAAGCUCAUCAGGCAAAACAGUUAUUGAACGAAAGGUGGUUGUUGCAAAGAACCCAUGUUUACACCCCGGUGAUGUGCGUGUCUUAAGGGCUGUGAAUGUGCCGGAGUUGCAACAUAUGGUGGACUGUGUGGUAUUUCCACAAAAAGGACCAAGGCCUCAUCCAAAUGAAUGUUCUGGAAGUGAUCUUGAUGGAGAUAUUUACUUUGUUUGCUGGGACCCUGAGUUGAUUCCUCGCAAGCAAAUCCAACCUAUGGAUUAUACCCCAGCACCAACUAUAGAGAUGGAUCAUGAUGUCACAAUUGAGGAAGUAGAAGAGCACUUUGUGAAUUACAUACUCAAUGAUAGUUUGGGGAGAAUUGCCAAUGCCCACACUGUUUUUGCUGACAGAGAGCAUGAUAAAGCAAUGAGCCGUCCGUGCAUAGAGCUCGCGAAGCUACAUUCAAUUGCUGUAGACUUUCCAAAAACUGGCGUGCCAGCUGUGAGACCAGAGGAACUGUAUGUCAAGGAAUAUCCAGAUUUCAUGGAGAAGACCGACAAAAGCACCUAUCUCUCAAGCAAUGUGAUCGGACAGCUUUUUCGUGAGGUGAAGAACAUUGCACCCCAUGACAGCUGUAUUACAUCCUUCACUCAUCAAGUGGCGACAAAAUCCUAUGACCCUGACAUGGAGGUUGAUGGCUUUGAGGAUUACCUUGAAGAUGCUUUCUAUUACAAAGGCAAUUAUGAUUACAAAUUGGGAAACCUGUUGGAUUACUAUGGGAUCAAGACAGAGGCUGAAAUAUUGAGUGGGGGUAUUAUGAGAAUGUCAAAAUCUUUCACCAAGGAGCGGGAUGCAGACGCUAUAAACAGGGCUGUGAGGUCAUUGAGGAAGGAAGCUAGGACCUGGUUCGAUGAGAAAGGAACUGGAAUAGAUUCUGGAGUUGAUGGUGUCUAUGCAAAAGCUUCAGCUUGGUACCAUGUCACAUAUCAUCCCAAUUAUUUUGGUUUGUACAAUGAGGGAAUGAAACGUGACCAUUUUAUCAGCUUCCCGUGGUGUGUGUAUGACAAGCUAGUUCACAUAAAAAAGGACAAAGUAAAGCAAGCUCGGCGCAGAUCAUCUCUAGAAAGUCAGUUCAGGUACGGCUUGCAUUUGUUCUGAUGAAGUUGGCAGAAUUGAACUUUGUUGAUGGCGCUGCUGAUGAUGAAGACUUGAAGGCAAUUUUCUUGUAUAACAUCCACCUUUGGUUUGUUUUUCAUUUGUUGAUGGUGCUGAUGAUCAAGACUUGGAGGCAAUUUUCUUGUAUAAUAUCAACCUUUGGUUUGUUUUUCAUUUGUUGUAUAACGUACACAAACCGCUGGAUAUAGCAGCAGGCAAAGCUUAGGGGUCGAAUGUGAAGUACACUUCCAUUAAACUUGAACACCGCUGGAUUAGGUUACUUA